GUAAGUUACUAAGAUGCUCCAGAUAUCAUGUGAAUUUACGCUGCACAAUUUUAUUUUGUUUUAUUUUUUAUUUUUUAUUUUUUUGUGACUCAAUUAUUUUGGUUAUAAAUACCAUCUCGUAUCGUCCCAUGAUUCCUUGCAGCAUGAUGUCACUCUCUCCACCCCACUUCUCUCCAGCCACCCUUCUGUUAGCUCCUCAGCGGGUAGCGGCAGCAGCAGCAGCAGCAGCAGCAGCUCCGGCUGGUGGUGCAUCAUCAUCAUCAUCGUUAUCGUCCUCAUUUCCAGCCAUGGCGUUGGUUACUCUUCAGCGGUCACCGACCCCGAGUGCAGCUUCCACGGGGAGCACAGCAACCACAGCAGCUGGGGAGGAUUUAGGGAGUGAAGAUGAACGACGCACAAAUCAAAGCCUUAGCGAGAGCUUCUUCAUGGUAAAGGGUGCUGCCCUUUUCCUGCAGCAGGGCAGCAGUCAACAAGGCCAGAAAACACAUCCUCACCACAAACAUGCAGGUGACUUACCUCAACACCUCCAGGUGAUGAUCAACAUUCUACGUUCAGAAGACAGAAUCAAACUGGCAGUGUGGCUGGAGAGUGCAUGGUCAGAUCGUGUGCGGUACAUGGUUGUGGUUUACACCAGUGGGAGGCAGGACACAGAGGAGAACAUCCUCCUGGGAAUUGACUUCACAAGCAAAGACUGCAAAAGUUGCUCUAUUGGCAUGGUGCUACCUCUGUGGAGUGAUACCAAGAUCCACUUGGACGGUGAUGGGGGUUUUACUGUGAACACGGCCAGUCGGACUCAUGUCUUCAAACCCGUGUCAGUGCAGGCUAUGUGGUCAGCCCUGCAGGUGCUGCACAAGGCCUGUGAGGUGUCUCGCAGGUAUAACUACUUCCCUGGAGGCAUGGCUCUCACCUGGAUGGGCUACUAUGAAAGCUGCAUCGCAUCAGAGCAGAGCUGCAUCAAUGAGUGGAAUACCAUGAAAGACCUAGAGACCACUCGGCCUGACUCGCCCAUUAUGUUUGUCGACAAGCCUUCAGAGAGAGAGAGGACAGAGUGCCUUAUCAGAGCCAAACUCAGAAGUAUCAUGACAUGUCAGGAUCUGGAAAAUGUCACCUGCAAAGAGAUUCGUACGGAGUUGGAGCAGCAGAUGAAUUGUAACCUUAAGGAGUACAAAGAAUUCAUUGACAACGAGAUGCUGCUGAUCCUCGGCCAGAUGGACAAAGCCACACUCAUCUUUGACCACGUCUACCUGGGAUCUGAAUGGAAUGCCUCUAAUUUGGAGGAGCUGAAGGAGACAGGCGUGGGCUACAUUCUCAAUGUUACGCGGGAAAUUGACAACUUUUUUCCAGGCACUUUUAGUUAUCACAACAUACGCGUCUAUGACGACGAGGCCACCGACCUCCUGGCUCACUGGAAUGACACUUAUAACUUCAUCGUGAAAGCAAAAAAGAAUCAUUCAAAGUGUCUCGUUCACUGCAAGAUGGGUGUGAGUCGAUCUGCUUCCACAGUCAUUGCCUACGCUAUGAAGGAGUACAACUGGUCUCUAGAGAAGGCCUACAACUUUGUCAAGCAAAAGAGGAGCAUCACGCGACCAAACUCAGGUUUUAUGAGACAGCUGGCUGAGUACGAAGGCAUCCUGGACGCCAGUAAACAGAGACACAACAAACUGUGGCAUCCAGAUUCAGACUGUGAAAUGGCAGAGGGAUUGACUCAGUGCUGUGGCAGUUCAGAAGCAGGGAUGUCUCCCUGCUGUGAGGAGGGCCUUUCAGAGAAAGGUGCAACAGGUCCUUCACCAUGUAGGACUGUCUCACUAGACAUCGACCCCGCCUAUAACAACUACUAUUUUCGCCGCCUCUCUGACUCAGCACUCGACAGCGAACCAUCAACACCUGUGCGUGGUCCGCCUCUUUUUGGCAUGGAAAAAGUAUUCAUAGAAAUUGAAGACGUGGAGCGAGAUGCUCUGCUGGAUGAUGAGGCAUUCGACGGUCAUGAUGGCCUCCCCCUGCCCCAUUUUGCAGCAGAGGGAACUGCUGCCCAAACCUGCAGUCGUGGCCCCGAGCCCCUUGAGGAACUGCGUCUGAGGCUGGAGUUCAGCACAGUGCAGGAGGAGGACGAGGAGGAGGUACAGAAGGAGGAGGCGGAGAUGGAUGUCCUGAUGCAGCCAGAUGAUGGAGGGGGUGGGGACGGAGGCAGAAGGGAGAAAACACAAGAUGAAGAUGUGGAAGCUGAUACAGAGGGCGUUGGGAUGGAUCUUGCAACCCUCAAUGAGAAUUCCAACAACAACAACCAUGUCAGCUCUUCAUGUUACCACAAUGGUAAACCUUUCUCCUUCCUGCUUCCUCCUAAUUUACAAACACUGAAAAGUCCAGGUACAGAAACCAUCCAGAAAGUAGACCUUGGAACGCUGUCUUCCCCAUGUGGCCUUAAGCCCAGUCCACUUACAGUCCCAAGUGCUUCAUCACAGCAGUCCCUGAUGUCAUCUGAAGGCCUCAUGACUUCAGUGGAAACUCUGCACAGUCCUGACCACUUAUGCGAGUGUGCCAACAGUGCUGCCUCAACACCAACAGCUAUGGUCUCUUCAAAGAGCCAACAGGAAGAAAAAAUGUGGAUUGAUGAAAAGUCUGAAAAUAACCCACCUGCAGAUCAAGCAGACAUGCUUCCUGAGCUAGUGAGGAUGGAUUUUAUCGAGGGGAAGCCUGCGCUGGCUUGUUACCUCGGCCAACAACAGGGAACCCUCUCACAAUUGAGGACAUCUGGUCUGGUCCGUCGCCAUGCUGAGAGACUUGAGAGACUUUCAGGUUCUGCUCAUGGGAUCCUGCACUCUCUGAAGCCUCUUCACUUGUGCCAAAGGUCCAAGAAGAGCUAUUAUCAUAUGGAGGAGGAAAUGGAAUUUUCAGGCUUUACAGGAGAAUUCAUUCAAUCUUCGACACCAUGCCAAGUUCAGAUUGAGCCACUGGGGAUGCCACUGGCCAAUGAAGCCUUGUUGAGGCUGGUCACACCCAUCUCCGCACCUCACGGCUCCAAACUGACUCGCAGCUCCAGUACUGAAAGUGUGCGCAGCGUGAGGGGAAAACCUGGCCUUGUGCGUCAGAGGGCGCAGCAGAUCGAGACCCAUAUGCGACUGGCGGGUCUGACUGUACCCUCCAGGCUAAAGAGGUCCAACUCGUUGGCCAAGUUGGACAGUCUGGACUUCUCCUCUGAGGAUCUUUGGUCAGCCUGCUCCUCAGAUGCAGGAACUCUUCUGCUCCUUUCACUGUCCCCAGAUCCAGACACUGGGCCAGAGAGGGACUCCCCAAACACCACCCCCUUGCCUCAACCCUGCAAGGAUGUCUGCUCCACAGAGAGCACUUUCAGGUGAGCACAGAAGCUGACACAUCAUCUGGAGCUUUCAUACCAACUACAGCCGUGUGUCACCUGCAGCUUCAGUAGAGGGUUUUCUAAAAAUCCUUGAAAAGGGAGAGAUCUAAGAAAGAAACUUUUAAAAGUAAACAAUGCCAACUGAUGUUGUGAGGAUAAACCACUUCUCCUUUGCCACAACUGCUGCUCACAGUUAAAUAAGUCAUAUUGCUGUUUCAGGCAAGUGUGUAAGCCAUCAGUUCACCUCUAACAUGGUCUGAGUCGUGGACAAACAAAGUGCCUUAAUGAUGAGUCCAGAGGCACACAGUCAUGUCUUCUACUGCAAGAGGAGAAGGUACAAGAUAAGUCAUAGCGCCCCCUGGCGCUCGGAUUAUUACAGUAUGGACCACCUGAUGAACCCAAUAGCCUGCUUUGAUGAACUUAGGACCCUCAUCAGCGCUAGACAGAAAGCUUUGUGUUUAAUAAAUGUACAGCUGUUUACUGCACAGAUGGUGAAGCUGGAGGGUUGUAAAAAUGAAUGGUUACCUCAUGUUGCAUUCAUGAAGCUUGUUUUUCUGAAGAACACUAGGUUACAGUUUGACUCAGUUCAUUUAAUGGCAUUGAGGUUAGAAAAUCUGUCCAAUGCAUUGCUGAGAGUGAGUGUAAAGAAUAAAUAUAUCAGAAGUAUGGAGUUGUGGCAUGAUUACUGUUUUCAACAAAUGCUACAGAAACGUUUGUUGUUCCUUUGCACUGCUUUAUUUUUUUGGAGUGAAUACUGGUACACAGCAAGUUAUCUUCCAACAUAACAUUGGUGAAAUGUUAUUGAUCCUUCCCUUCAGUCCAUGGUUUGCAGUGGGAGGAUAGCGUGAGAAAUCAAACUGCAGUAACUUGAACUCCUUGUGUGACAGGAAAAUAAUUUAAGAAAUCCUGAAGUAUAUACAGAUGGGUUAUGAGCAG